AUGGCGCCGUCGUCCGACUACUCGUCCUCGCCGCGGCAUACGCCGAUCCAUCCGCGUGCGCCCACGGCCAACCUCGUCUCUGUCAAAGUCCUCGUCUCCUUGAUCGGCCAAGUGGCCAUCUGUGGCGCCUUCCAGAUGUGGGCCUUCUACUACGUCCGCGCGCAACCGUGGUACUCACCGCCCGUCAUCGACCCCAACGAGGAACUCAACACGUCCAACCCCGAGAACACAGCCGUCUUCCUCAUCUCCUCCUUUCAAUAUUCCGUCGGAUGCCUGGUGUAUACAACCGGAUACCCAUAUAGGAAGAACCCGAUCACGAACGUGUGGUUGAUGGCCAGCGUCACAGCGCUGUUCCUUUUCUCGCUGUAUGCGCUCUUCACACCAGAGGGCAAGGUCGCAGACCUCUUGGGUCUCGUACCCUUCCCGAGGAGCUUCCACAUCGCACUGUUCGUAGCCGUCGUGCUCAAUACCGUGCUCAGCUUCGUCUUCGAGUCCCUGUUGGCAAAUUCCGUGGCGAAAAUGGUCAAGGCACUGCAGAGGUUUGUCAGACGAUCGAGACGGAACAGAGGCAGGAAACACGGGAGCAAGACGUACAAGGCCGUCGAAAGGAGCAUGCAGAACGACGGAGACGCCUAG